UCCACUCCCCUGCCACUUUUCCACUGAACAAUCAACCAAACAGCCUCCAAACGGACUGCAAUUACAUUCACUGCGGAUUACUAAACACCAAAUCGUUGAUCUGCACAAUUUACGCACACGCACCACACACACUGAAUACUCCAGCAUCUCGAUCACUUGCGAACUGGCAAUCCGUCGGCGGCAACCGGAUCGGAUCUAGCUUCCACAGGGGAUCCGCAAUGCUGGAUUAUUUUGGGGCCCCGAAUUGAGAUGCAGUCGAACUCACUGCCAUUCCCCUUGAGUCCAUUCAUACUAUUCAAUGGCGGCGAAUUGAGCGAAGAAGGAUUCGAAUUAUCUAGAUUUUUGUUCUUGGGCUCGCUGCUCUUCUCCCAAGGAGGCAGCAUGGAUUUUUCCAAAGUCGGAGAGAAGUUUCUCAGCUCCGUCCGCUCUGCUCGAUCCCUCGGCCUCCUCCCUUCCUCCUCCGAUCGCCCCGAGGUUCCUGAACGAGCUGCAGCAGCAGCUGUUGCUGCUCGAGUUCUUGCUUCACUUCCCCCGCACCAGAGAUAUAGUCUUGCAUCUAGUUCUGAAGAAUUGAGUUCAAUCUAUGGAAGUAAACCUGAUGGUCAAGUUAUUGAGGAACUUGAAGAAGAAUUCUACGAAGAGGAGUUUGAUCCAGUAAGAUAUGUAUUAGAGCAUAUUCCCUGUGAAGAGAAUGAGCUUGCAUAUUUCGAGGAAAAGGCUGCUCUUAGAUUAGCACAGUUGGAUAGAAUUUCUGAGCGUUUAUCACGCCAUGUAAUGGAGCAUCAUGAAGAAAUGGUGAAGGGAAUGAAUUUGGUACGAGAAUUGGAGAAAGAUUUAAAGGUUGCAAAUGUUAUUUGCAUGAAUGGGCGAAGGCACCUUGUUUCAUCAAGGAAUGAGGUAUCCAGAGAUCUCAUUGUUACCAAAAGUUCGAGGAAGAAACAAGCACUUCUGGACAUGCUUCCGAUUGUGACUGAGCUUCGCCAUGCAUUAGACAUGCAAGUUGUUCUUGAAACUCUUGUUGAGGAGGGGAACUUCUCUAAGGCUUUCCAAGUGUUAUCAGAGUAUUUGCAACUUCUAGAUAGUUUGUCAGAGCUUUCAGCUGUACAAGAGAUGAGCCGUGGUGUUGAGGUUUGGCUGGGAAAAACACUUCAAAAGCUGGAUUCACUCCUAAUAGAAGUUUGCCAGGACUUCAAAGAGGAUUCCUAUAUCACUGUGCUUGAUGCUUAUGCUUUGAUCGGGGAUGUUGCUGGGCUUGCCGAGAAAAUACAAAGCUUUUUUAUGCAGGAGGUUAUCUCUGAAACACAUUCCGUAUUGAAGACUAUUGUGAAAGGGGAUCUAGACAAUCACGAUGCACAAAGUUCUAGGCUUACCUACAGCGACCUAUGUAUGCAAAUACCUGAAUCCAAAUUCAGGGAGUGUUUACUAGCAACACUAGCUGUCCUGUUCAAGUUGAUGUGUUUGUAUUAUGAUGUUUUGCGCUUCCAGCUGGAGGAUGCGGUUUCUGCACAUAAAAUGUCAAUUUCGGAGCAGAAACCAGAUGAUGUUCAUGGACUUUCAAGUGACUUUCAUUAUGGGGAUCCAAAAUCAUCAUGUUCUUCAGAUUCCUUGAAAUAUGAUGAGAAGCUUUCUACAACAAACGAUGACACAGAAAUUUUGUCCUCUGUUCAAGAGCCAGCAAUUACUUCUCCGACUCUGCCUGAUACUGAUGGAAGCAAUGGCUUCAGGCAUGCAGAUUAUGCAAAUAAUGAAAGGGAUGAUGGAAGUGCAGCUUCGAGCAGUGGAUCUCCGUGGUUUCAGCUACGGAAAGAUGCUACAACCUUGGUUUCACAUACCUUACGAAGAGGUCGGAGGAAUCUUUGGCAGCUUGCAACAAGCCGUGUCGCAGUUUUGCUUUCUUCUUCAGCUGUUUGUUCUACUAGCACUUAUCAAUUUUUGAAAAAUUAUGAAGAUUUGAACACCUUUGUCUUGUCUGGGGAAGCUUUCUGUGGGAUUGAAGCAGUUGAGUUCAGGCAGAAAGUCAAAACUGUUUGUGAAAAUUACUUUGUUUCUUUCCAUCGGCAAAGCAUACAUGCUUUGAAAAUGGUGAUGGAAAAAGAGAAUUGGUUGACAAUGCCACCUGAAACUAUACAAGUAGUAAGCUUUGCUGGCCUUUUCGGUGAUGGAGCAGCUCUUAUUGUUUCAUCCAAUAGGACUUCCAAUGUUCAAUUGCUACGUGCUAAUAAAUCAGUAAAUGAAGGUGAAACUGGUUCAAAGAGGAGUGGAUUUGAGAAUUGGCUUAAAAGUGGAAAUCCAUUUUCUCCAGAACUAAGUAAUAGUCCUAAGGAGUACUCUGACUCCUUUUUACCUAAUGGAUCAUCAGUGCCUGGAGAAGCUGGAACCACUCUUGAAAAAUCUUUCCUCAAUAAAGCUACAUCAAAAACUGCUGGUGGACAAAAUUUUAAUGGGAAUGCAGCCUUCUCAGAAGACGAAAAUGAAGACCUUCUUGCUGAUUUUAUUGAUGAAGAUAGUCAACUCCCAAGCCGGAUUUCCAAGCCCAAUCAUUCAAGAAGCCAUUCUUCGCAUUGGAACGAUGAAGAAAUGAGAGCACAAACUGGAUCAUCACUUAGUCUUCUAAGGUUGAUGGAUAAAUAUGCAAGACUAAUGCAGAAGUUAGAGGUAGUCAAUGUUGAGUUUUUCAAGGGAAUCUGCCAAUUGUUUGGGAUCUUUUUCCACUGUAUAUUUGAGAACUUCUGUCAGAUGAAUAUUCACCAUAGCGGAAAAGGCCUGAAUGACUUCCUAUCUCAGAGGUUAAAAACCGCUUUGUCCAGAAUAACACAAGAGUGUGAUCAGUGGAUAAAACCACAGCCUGCGUCAGCUUCCUCCUCUUCUCCCACGUCGCCCAAUACUGCAUUCAGUCUUUCAGAUGUUAUGCCAGCUAGUCCACCCAGUAGCUUGCCAAGCACCUCAUUUAGUCUCAAGGAAAGAUGUACAGCUGCUGACACUAUAUCUCUUGUUGCUCAUUUACUGCAUAGAUCAAAGACCCAUCUUCAGUCAAUGCUUCUGCAAAGAAAUCCGGCAAUUAUCGAAGAUUUCUAUGCGCAUCUGGUGGAUGCUGUGCCAGACCUCACGCAGCAUGUUCACAAAACAACUGCAAGACUACUACUACACAUAAAUGGCAGGUACAUUGAUAGGAUAACCAAUGCCAAAUGGGAGGUGAGAGAGCUUGGAAUGGAGCACAACGGUUAUGUUGAUUUACUGCUGGGAGAGUUUAAGCACUACACGACACGACUUGCCCAUGGCGGCAUCCGGAAGGAGGUUCAGGACCUUCUCUUAGAGUAUGGAGUUGAAAUUGUUGCUGAAGCUCUCAUUGAAGGUCUUUCAAGGGUGAAGAAGUGUACUAAUGAGGGACGGGCACUAAUGUCGCUGGAUCUUCAGGUUUUGAUUAAUGGCUUAAAGCAUAUAGUCUCUUUUGACGUGAGGCCAAAACUGCAGAUAGUCGAAGCUUUUAUCAAGGCCUUUUACCUUCCAGAAACUGAAUAUGUUCAUUGGGCGCGUGCUCAUCCGGAAUACACGAAAAGUCAAAUUGUGGGGCUAAUCAACCUCGUUGCCACCAUGAAUGGCUGGAGGAGGAGGGCCAGAUUAGAAGUGUUGGAAAGGAUAGAUUCACUGCCAUGAGAUUUCCAUCACAUGAAGCUUCAAAGCUUCUUUCAUCAGCUUACAUUUUUCCCCUGUAUAAUUGAUGUAAAGGUGGAUUUAUUUUUUUAUUUCCAUUCUUACUUCGAGGUUGAUGGUGUAUAUUUUACAUCAAUUAUAAGUGUAAUAUAUCCUUUUUCUAAAGGGAAUAGCGAGUGUAAUUUUGAGCUGCGAGAUGUGUACCUUGCCCUGCUGUUCCACCCACUAUUUAUGGUCAUGAAUUUUGUCAUUCA